UUGGUUUUGGUUCUCAUGUUGGUUGACGCUUCUUCGCCCCGCAGCACCACAUCUUCUUCUUCGUCGUCGUCGUCGUCGUCUACGAGCUCGCCGGCCGGGUCCUCGCUUCCGUCUUCCCCGGACUCGAACGGAACACAGUCCGGGGAAGGGCGCGGGACGUGGACAAAGGAGGAGCAUGAGCGGUUCCUGAGCGCGAUCGAGAUGUACCCGAACGGCCCUUGGAAGGCCAUCGCCGAGGUCGUCCACACCCGGACGAUCCGCCAGACGCAGACGCACGCCCAGAAAUACAGAGAGAAGCUGGCGCGCCGCAACCGAGGGUUGCGCGCCAAGACGCUCGUGCAGGACGACGUCGCCCUGUACCCGCACCCGUACUUUGCGGCGCCGAUCGGAGGAGGGUCCACCAUGAUGACCUUCGUGCCGUCGUACCCCGAGUCGAUGGACUUUAUCAUCUCGGUGCUCGAGAAGGAGUUUUGCCUAUGAGCAGAGCACUGGGACCAACUCGGUGGUGGUCCAGGUUUAUUUACUAUGUCGUUCCCCAUAUUUAAAGAGGUAGAGCCUCGCCCGUACAGCGUUAUCAUCUCUUUUGUGUCUU